GGUGCAGCUGGAACCGAGACCUGGCCCGGGCAGCGCGCACGCAACCAGCCAGGGCGCUCAGGCGUCCAGCGCGCACCAGGCCCGGAGCCCUGGGGUGACAGUGUCGGCCGUGCUGCCGGCGGGGGGCAGCGGGGAACGCAUGGGCGUCUGCACCCCGAAGCAGUUCUGCCCGGUGCUGGAGAGGCCGCUCAUCAGCCACACGCUGCAGGCCCUGGAGAGAGUAUGUUGGAUAAAGGACAUAGUUGUUGCGGUAACUGGAGAGAAUAUGGAAACAAUGAAUGGUAUUAUUAAGAAAUAUCAGCAUAAGUGCGUCUCCCUAGUGGAAGCUGGAGUAACACGCCACAGGUCUAUUUUCAAUGGACUAAAAGCACUGGCAGAGGGUCAGCCCAACUUUAAGCUCUCUAAACCAGAAGUCGUGAUUAUCCACGAUGCUGUGAGACCAUUUGUUGAGGAAGAUGUACUCUUUAAAGUUGUCGUAGCUGCUAAGGAACAUGGGGCAUCAGGAGCAAUUAGACCUCUUGUAUCUACUGUCGUCAGUCCAUCUGCAGAUGGUAGCUUGGACCACUCACUGGAACGUGCCAAGCACAGAGCAAGUGAAAUGCCACAAGCAUUUCUGUUCGAUGUGAUCUAUGGAGCAUAUCAACAGUGUAAUGACUAUGACUUAGACUUUGGAACUGAGUGUUUGCAGUUGGCUCUAAAAUACUCUCAAACUAAAGCCAAGCUUGUGGAAGGGUCCCCUGAUCUUUGGAAGGUGACCUACAAACGAGAUCUGUAUGCAGCUGAAUCGAUUAUUAAGGAAAGAAUUUCACAACAAAUCUGUGUAGUUGUGGACACAAAUGAUCAUGAAGAACAUGUGGUUGGUCUCUUAGAAAAGAUGUUGAAAAAUCAACUAUAUCAUAUAAGAAUUACACCUGGGCCUCUAUGUCUUGCUGGAGGAGAGAUUGAACAAAUUAUCUUACAGCAGUGCUACAGUUUUGUUUGUAUAAAUGUUAUGACCUCUGAUCUCCAAGAAACUGUGAAAUUACUGAAUAUUCUUGAAAAGAGUAAUAUUUCCAUUUUAUAUCCUGUUGUUGUUAUUUCAGUUCAUUUUCUGAAAUGUAAAGCAGUACCUAUUGGUCAAAAAAUGGAAAGCCUAAUGAGGAUUAGAGAAUAUGCAAAGGAGAUGAAAAGAAGAAAUAUUUUUCUGUUUGGCCUUCUUAUUCAGUAUCCACAGGAUAAACAGAACUUAGAGGAAAAUUUGCAGCAAGGUGCUACCAUUAUUACUGCCUUAAUCAAAGAAAGAAAUUCCGGAUUAAUUGGUCAGCUACUGAUAGCAUGAAGAACCCAGAGAGAGCUACCUGCUGGGCUUUAGA